AUGUCAGACUCCAUGCUUUACCAUGCCGGCUUCAAGUUUACUCCUACGAUUCACAAUGAUACUUACGACUUCAUCUCGACAAAAUCUCAGAACCUAAAAGGUAAACGUGUCUUUCUGACUGGUGCUUCCAAGGGCAUCGGCAGGGAGACAGCUCUCUCCCUCGCUCGUGCUGGUGCUUCUAGUAUCGCUCUUGGUGCUCGCAGCUCACUGUCAGACCUCGCAACUGAGGUUGAGAAGGCGGCUGAGGAAGCUGGCCAUGCUGUCCCUAAGGUUAUUAGCAUCAAACUUGAUGUAACAGAUGUCUCGAGCACCGAGCAAGCAGCCAAGACCGUCAAGAGCGAAUUCGGAGGUCUGGACUUUCUAUUCAACAACGCCGGAUACCUCGAAGACUUCAAGAAAAUAGGAGAGAGUGACCCUGAUGAGUGGUGGAAAACACAAGAAGUCAAUAUCAAGGGCCCUUACCUGGUAGCUCGCGCUUUCAUUCCUCUUCUGCUCGACACCAAGGAUGGCGACAAGACUAUCAUCAACACCAGCUCCAUUGGUGCACACGUCAUCAUGCCUGGAGCAAGCUCAUACCAAUCAUCCAAACUCGCACUUCUCAGACUCGGCGAAUUCAUUGGAGCAGAAUAUAGCGAAAUUCUUUGUUACGGUAUACAUCCAGGAGGCGUGAUGACCGAGCUGGCGUCCCGCAUGCCACAGGAAUCUCACCAUCUGCUCCAGGACAUGCCAGCACUGGCUGGUGAUACUGUUUCGUGGCUUAUCAACGAGAAGAGAGAGUGGUUGGCUGGCAGAUACGUGAGUGUGACAUGGGACAUGGAGGAAUUCUUGGAUAAGAAGGAUGAAAUUGUCAAGAAGGACUUGCUAAAGGUCCGCAUGAUUGUCGACUAA